UGAGCUUACUCUGUUUUUAGGGUUCUUGACUCUUUUGCCCAAAAAUUUGGGGGCAAUGGGCAUGGGCGUGGAGGGCGUGAAAGCGCUGCAGCUGGACGAUGAUGCUUUCAUCGCACUGCUCCGGAAGCUCAUCGGCGAGGCGAAGCAUCUCCAGAACAAUCCGCCGGAGCUGAUCCCGCGGGAGGAUCUGGCGGCGCGGCAUGUUCUUGAGGUUUUGAUGCCGCUCAGCACCGAGUAUGGCGGCCCGCUUGUGGUGAAGCAUGUCAUCUACACGGAAGGGAGGGGGAAUGUGAUUGUGGAGUAUCCAGGCACGGAAGUUGGGAAGAUCGUCUCCUUCGUUGGCUGCCAUAUGGACGUUGUCACUGCGAAUCCGGACGACUGGGAAUUUGAUCCUUUUAGUCUGAGUAUCGAUGGUGACAAGCUGAGAGGACGAGGAACUACUGAUUGCCUGGGACAUGUAGCGCUUGUCACUGAUCUCAUGAGGCAGCUCGCGGAGAAGAAACCCAAGCUUAAAUCGACCGUGGUGGCAGUUUUCAUUGCGAACGAAGAGAAUUCAUCCGUGGUUGAUAUUGGAGUCGAUGGUUUAGUGAAAGACGGGCUUUUGGACAGCUUAAAGAACGGUCCACUGUUUUGGAUAGAUACAGCAGACAAGCAGCCGUGUAUAGGGACUGGCGGCAUGAUCUCUUGGAAGCUCACGGCUUAUGGAAAGCUUUUCCAUAGCGGCCUUCCACACAAGGCCAUUAAUCCGCUUGAGCUUUGUAUGGAAGCUAUGAAGGAGAUCCAGACGCGGUUCUACUCUGAUUUCCCCGCACAUCCAAGUGAAGAACGCUAUGGUUUUGCAACACCAUCCACGAUGAAGCCCACGCAGUGGAGCUAUCCCGGAGGUGGAGUGAAUCAGAUCCCUGGCCAGUGCACGAUUUGUGGAGACUGCAGGAUCACACCAUUUUACAAUGUCCAAGACGUAGUAAAAAAACUCAAGAGCUACGUGGAUGACAUCAACGCGAAUAUUGAAAAGCUUGGAGUUAGGGGCCCGGUUUCUAAGUAUACACUACCAGAGGAGGGCCUGAGAGGAAGAUUGACUAUGGAAUUCGAUGAGAUGAUGAUGUCUGGCGUGGCGUGCAAUCUUGAUUCCCCGGGCUUCCAUGCGCUGUCCAAGGCCACUGAAGAAGUCGUGGGGGUUGUCAAGCCUUACUCCAUCACGGGCUCUCUUCCUUUGAUUCGUGAAUUGCAGGAUGAGGGCUUUGAUGUCCAGACCGCAGGCUAUGGAUUGAUGUCCACAUACCAUGCUCGUAACGAGUACUGCUUGCUGUCUGAUAUGCGCCAGGGCUUCCAAGUUAUGGCCAACAUCAUCUCGCGCCUAGAAGAGUGUCGCCUAGAAGAGUGAAGUGAGCUACAGGGUUAUGUCUAUAACGCAGAACUUUGGCUAUGGAUUUCACAGUACCAAGUCCAGCUGAUAUAGCUUUCUUGCAAAUAUUCCAGGAAAACCUUUCAAUCCAUAAGUUUCUUUUGCC